UAAGAGAGUGAAAUGCAAGUUGUGCGGUCAGCAGUUGUCUGUGUCAAAUAAAUCCACUUGCAGUCUUAUUCGUCAUAUGGACAGACGGCACCAAUAUCGGUACAACAGGAAUUCUAGGCGGGAGCACCUUGAAGAAGAAGUACUUAUUAACAUCGAGGAUAACAGCCGUGAUCUCAUCAAGCCUCUUCCAAUGAAGAAGCAACGUCUAAGCAAUCAACAGGACUUCGAAAAACAAAGUAACACUUCUGUGCGGAAUCCACCACAGGAUGAGAGGGAUUUGGAGUACAAUAUUUGCUCGGUAGAUUCUACUCAAAUACAAAAAGAUUAUACAUCGCUAGUGAUGUAUCCUGACGAGGAUUGCGCUAUGGAUAAUGAACAAACUCUUACUAAUGAAAUUCUUGUGAAAAAAAGGACGCAGAGUUUGCCUAAAAAUGAGGCUACUAAUUUGGAAAAUUUUACGUCGGAUCCUUUAAUAUCUGUGUCGCGUGUGAAGCCGUUUACUAACAAAUCGCAAGGAUCGGAGGCUAAUAUAAAAUGGGAAGAAAUAUUUUCUCAAUAUAUAUUAUGCGAGCUUUAUAGAUAUGAGUACAACGACGCGCAGAGAUUGAAAGCACAACUCACGCAAGUUUGCCUAAAUUUUGAGCCACUUGAACAGGACGAAUAAUCAACUGUUUGCUUAAUUUAAUAUAUUCAGUUUUAUAAUUACUAAUGUAUAUUAGAAUAAGAUUGAUGAUAAAAAAAAAUAAAAUAAAAAUA